UACUUGCUUCCUGGAGCCCAAGCCGUGCUGUAUCCAAUACGUCGUGGUGAAACGCUGUAUUUUCUUCUAGGGUUCACGUGAGUUCAUCUUCACAGCUCCAGGAGAAGAGACGACUUCGUUUACGCAGCCGAUCCUUCACCUUCCUUCCUUCCGUAACUCAUCUCAUUAACGCACAAUUACACCGCCGCUGAUACGAUUUGGCUUCUUCUAACGCUUCUCCAGUCUCCAUUAUAUAGCUGCUUCCAAGUUUCUCCGGUCGCUAACGCCGUCGUCGCCCGAUCCACAUUCAACUCUCUCCGUCUCGGACGAACUUCUCAGUUCGUUGUUGGUCGUCUAAUACGCUUCUGGGAUUCCCGCAACAUCAAGAAGAAUGGGGAGUUCAUGGGGAUCACGAUACUCCUCCUCGAUGAACUGGACUCGGUUAUUCACGGGUUCAUUCCCGCUAAUCGAGCGAGUCACUACCGUCCUGAUCUGAAGUCUGGUUCUAUAGUAAAAGUGGAUCGUUUUGAAGUUGCAAGGUGCGCUCACACGUACAAGAUCACAGAGCAUCAGUUCGUGAUCCGUUUCCCCCCUUCCACGCGUAUCUGCGAGGUCCUCACUGACGCGCCUGUGAUCAACUCUGAAAAAUUCAUGGUGCGGCGCUACGACCACCUUCACGUUCUUUCGAACACGAACCUGGAGCUCCCCGACGUCGUGGGUGAGAUACGCUCUGUCCAAGGGUCCGAUCUCCGGAACGAUGCAGCAACAACCAGAGUGGUGGUCCGCCUCUUAAUCGAACCAGAUGUGACUGUCUACUUAUCUCUGUUGGAUGAGGCUGCAUCGACCUUCCGGUGUCUCUUGAAAGCUGGCGAUAAGACCAAGUCUGUGAUGUUGGACACCAGCCUCCCUGAGAUAGCAACGUUUGUCAGCAUGGUUGGAGGUGAAUCAUCCAAAGUGUUUCCUCUUGUCGACACUCUCCAAGGAAUUAAGAAGAAGGAGCUUGUCUCAAUAGCAGAUCUCAACACUUUCAUCUCCAACUCCAAUGAGCAGACUCAGGAGGCUGAUUUCUUCUGCAAAGCACGGAUUGUUGGUGUCGUCCAUGAGAAUGGGUGGUCCUUUGUGGCAUGCACUGGCUGCAACAGAAAAUUAGAGAGGAUUGGAACUUCACUAAGCUGCAACAGAUGUGUAACUGAUGCCGUUACCGGUGUUGUCAGGUUCCGUGUUGAGCUUGCUGUUGAUGAUGGCAACGAUAGCGCCACAUUUGUCGUCUUUGAUAAGGAGAUGACAAAACUUACCCAGCAAGAUGCUGCUGUCCUCGCCCUUGAUGAGGCUGCAAACCUCCCAAUCUGUCUUGAAGAGCUAACUGAUAAGGAGUUUGUGUUCCAGAUCCGUGUGACACCUUUCAACUUCACACCAAACCACCGUACUUUCACUAUUUCCACUAUAACUGAAGAUAUCAUCUCGCUGACCCAUGGCAAGGAGGAAGAUGAGAACAUUGUUGGAGGCAAUGAAGGUGACAGCGGGUUGAAAGCACCACCUUCGGGUCCGUCUGUUUUGAGAGAGAAUGUCGGGGAGGAGUGUGGUACCACAGAUCCCCCAGAGAUUGCAGUCACUCGGAACAACCGCAAGCGCUCCCGUGAGUGAAUGGAAUGAUCCAUUCCUGUGAACCCGUCAACUACUUAGUUUUUGCGCUUUAAAAUAACUACUACUAUCUUUGUUUCCAUUUCAGACUUUGCAUAAUUUCCUUGCCAUCUUUUUUCUGUUUGGAUAUUUAAUUUCUCUUUGCUUAUUAAUGAAAUAUUGACGGGUUCUACUUAUGUUUA